GAGCUGCGCUUAGGGCGCGCGGGCCUUAUAGUCACCCGGAAGGCGCGCGGGGCCCGCGGUGGUGGACGCAACAGAUCCUCGAGGGAACCCCGGUCCUGCGAUCCCCCUGUGCCUCUCCUUUCCGCAGACCCGCGCGGCGUCAGCUCGCCCGUACUCGCCGAACGUAACCCCGCGGCCGCUACCGUGCGGCCUGCGUCGCCUCCCGUAGUUCCCCGACAGGCUAUGGCCGCCCGCCUCCUGCGCGUCGCCUCCGCCGCCCUCGGCGACACGGCCGGCCGGUGGCGGCUUCUCGCGCGACCCCGCACAGGAGCCGGCGGCUUCCGCGGGAGCCGAGGGCCGGGCCUGGGCGGCGGCGCGGUGGCGACACGAACGCUGAGCGUAUCCGGGCAAGCGCAGAGCAGCUCAGAAGAUAAAAUAACAGUCCACUUUAUAAACCGUGAUGGUGAAACAUUAACAACCAAAGGAAAAGUUGGUGACUCUCUGCUAGAUGUUGUGGUUGAAAAUAAUCUAGAUAUUGAUGGUUUUGGUGCAUGUGAGGGAACCCUGGCUUGUUCUACUUGUCACCUCAUCUUUGAACAGCACAUAUUUGAGAAAUUGGAAGCAAUCACUGAUGAGGAGAAUGACAUGCUUGAUCUGGCAUAUGGACUAACAGACAGAUCGCGGUUGGGCUGUCAGAUCUGUUUGACAAAGGCUAUGGACAAUAUGACUGUUCGAGUACCUGAUGCCGUGUCUGAUGCCAGAGAGUCCAUUGAUAUGGGCAUGAACUCCUCAAAGAUAGAAUAAAUAGGAAUAUUUUCACAACAUUUUACCUAUUUUUAUAAUUAUUAUUUCUUAAUGUAAUUAAAUGAGAACAUGGGUGAAUGGAUUUAUUAUUAUGACUAGAUUUACUACUUAAUUCAUCUGAUAUAACUGCUGAAUUUUGUAGUUCUGAAAGUAUGCCGUCUUUAUUUUGAUUAAAUUAUAAAAACAAAUAUUAGAAAGUAGUUAAUAUGAUAAAACCUUAUGUAUUUUACCUGUGUUUGUGAUCAGCAACAUAAAUCUUAUGCCUGCUUACCUAUAGGUAAGUAGGUUAAAAAAAAGGGUGUCAUUAUCUCUCUUGGAUGUGGGUGGAGGCAGAGAUGUAAGAUGGCUUGUCUAGGGUCAUGCUGCAAAUUAGAACGUCAGUAUUAGAACUGUACAUGUUUAGGUUGAAACUGGGGAAAUUAGGGAUAUCUUAUUUAAAGUCUGAGCACAGAUAAUAAAGCACUGUCAAAGAUGUUUGGUCUCAAUUCUGACUGAGCUGGAGGAGUAAACUAAAAAUUAGAUGUGUGUGUUGUUGUUGUUGUUUUUUUAAUCCUGAUCAGAAUGGUCUGUCUUUGUAAUCUUUAAAAAGUAAUGCUGAUUUAUAAAUCUCUCCCUGUGACAGAAUGGAUAUCUUAUGGGUUAGGUUUUCUCUGUCCUAAGGAGGGAACGAGUGGGCUACCAUCCCCUCGGCCAGGACAGAGCUGUGUGGUAUGCAGUGAGCACGCAGGCAGGGUCCUGGGGGCGGGGGGCUUGAGCCCCUCAGAUCAUCCAUGCAGGGCAAACAUUUGUAUUUUAUCUUUACUGUGAAUAAACUGAUAAAUGA